GCAAAGGGACAGCUUCCUGUCUUGCGGAAAGUCGUGCGGCCGACUACCGGAAGAUAGAUUGGACCUACAUGAUUCGUUUAUUCCCGGGGCUGUCAUAUCAUGGCUGAAAAUGACAUAGAUAGAAACCAGACUGAGAAUCUCCUAAAAAGAGUAAAAGAACUGGAGCAGGAGGUACAAAGACUUAAAAAGGAACAGGCCAACAACAAGGACUCAAAAGUUGGAGAAAAUACAUCAGGAGCUGGAAAAGCUAAGCGUGCAUUUGAUUUUAGUGCUCAUGGCCGAAGACACGUGGCCCUAAGAAUAGCCUAUUUGGGUUGGGGAUACCAGGGCUUUGCUAGUCAGGAAAACACAAAUAAUACCAUUGAAGAGAAACUGUUUGAAGCUCUAACCAAGACUCGACUAGUAGAAAGCAGACAGACAUCCAACUAUCACCGAUGUGGGCGAACAGACAAAGGAGUCAGUGCGUUUGGACAGGUGAUUUCUCUUGACCUUCGUUCUCAGUUUCCAAGGGGCAGGGGUUCAGAGGAUUCUAAUUUAAAAGAUGAAGUCAAUGAUGUUGCUAAAGAGAUCCGUUAUACCCACAUUCUCAAUCGAGUACUCCCUCCAGACAUCCGUAUACUGGCCUGGGCCCCUGUAGAAUCUAGCUUCAGCGCUAGGUUUAGCUGUCUUGAGCGGACUUACCGCUAUUUUUUUCCUCGUGCUGACUUAGAUAUUGUAACCAUGAAUUAUGCCGCGCAGAAAUAUGUUGGCACCCAUGAUUUCAGGAACUUGUGUAAAAUGGAUGUAGCCAAUGGAGUGAUUAAUUUUCAGAGGACUAUUUUGUCUGCUCAAGUACAACUAGUAGGGCAGAGCCUGGAUGAAGAGAGAUGGCAAGAACCUUUCCAGUUAUGUCAAUUUGAAGUGACUGGCCAGGCGUUCCUUUAUCAUCAAGUCCGCUGCAUGAUGGCUGUCCUCUUUCUGAUUGGCCAAGGAAUGGAGAAACCAGAGAUUAUUGAUGAGUUGCUGAACAUACAGAAAAAUCCUCAGAAACCUCAAUAUAGUAUGGCUGUAGAAUAUCCUCUAGUCUUGUAUGACUGUAAGUUUGAAAAUAUCAAGUGGAUCUAUGACCAAGAAGUUCAGGAGUUCAAUGUUACCCACCUACAACAACUGUGGGCUAAUCAUGCUGUCAAAACUCACAUGUUAUAUAGUAUGCUACAAGGACUGGAUUCUGUUGCAAUGCCCUGUGGAACAGGACCAAAAAUGGAUGGUAUGAUAGAAUGGAGAAACGUUAAGCCCUCUGUCAUAAAGCAGACCAGUGCCUUUGUAGAAGGAGUAAAAAUGCGCACAUAUAAGCCCCUUAUGGAUCGUCCUAAAUGCCAAGGACUGGAAUCCCGGAUCCAGCAUUUUGUACAUAGGGGACGCAUUGAGCACCCACAUUUAUUCCAUGAGGAACAAGCAAGAGCCAGAAGGGACAGUAGUGAUACACUAGAGGAAGAGAAUACUAUUUUGCGGAAACCAACAAAGAGGGUCUGUGUCGAUACAGAAAUUAAAAGCAUUAUUUAUCCAUAAACAAUUCAGGAUCUAGGAAACAAAAACCGGCUAGUAGAAAAGAAACUGAAAAUAUUUACUGUAAGAAGUACUAGUGAUUCAGAUGAUCAACUUUUGAAAGGAAAAAAAAAAGACUAUAGGGCCCUAAGGAAGUCUUGCUUUAACAAGAAAAGAAUUCAAACAUUCUCUCGUUCCUGUAUAAAAAGAUUAAGAGAUGAGAUAAGCAAAAGCAGUGGUAAAAUGGAGAUGUAUUCAUGUAUUACCUGAAAAUCUGUGCCUUGUAUUCAAAUUCAUUAAAGCCUAAUCCUGCAAGUA